UUCUCCAUGAGGAUCCACAGUUGGAGCCGCCCCACAAAAACAACAACCAUGAGAGUCGUAGUCCUCUUCGCUUUGACGCUGCUGGGAGCAUCUUUGGCGUCCGCGUCUUUACGUCCAGCGCACGUCGGCUUCAGCUCGUCGGUGCGCUCGGUGUGCAAGCCCGUCCCCAGCACCCUGUCCCUGUGCCACGGUAUCGGUUACCGGCAGAUGAGGCUCCCCAACCUGCUGGGUCACGACUCCUUGCGGGAAGCCCAGCAGCAGUCGGCCGCCUGGCUGCCGCUCAUCUCCAAGCUGUGUCACCGCGACACCAAGAAGUUUCUCUGCUCCUUGUUCGCCCCUGUGUGCGUGCCGGACUACAGCGGCCCGGUGAGUCCCUGCAGGAGCCUUUGCGAGGCCGUGCGGGACCACUGCGUGCCCGUCAUGAGCGCCUUCGGCUUCCCGUGGCCGGAAAUGUUCAACUGCAGCCGUUUCCCCCGCGGGACGCAACUCUGCAUCCCUCCCAGCGGGGACCAGGACGCGCGGACGCCGGAGGAGGUCACCCGCGAGGAGGCGCAUAAAGGAAGUGUCAUUUGUGAUGCCUGCAGUCUGGCGGCCGAGGGGGAGACUGACAUCCAGGACAACUUCUGUCCAAGUCCAUAUGCAUUCAAGAUGCGUCUGGGCAGUGUGUCGACGGUGGGAGGGGACUUCCAGCUGGUGCCUUUGGCCCGAAGCCGCAUCCUGAGAUGGGCAGGGGGAGGUGCCGACAGGGCGGAGGGAAUCGGAGGUGCGAUGGCCCACAAUGCUUUGUGGCUGCAGGAAGGAGGCACUUGCGCGUGCCCCGGCUUGGACUCGGCAGACAAAAAAGAGCAAUUCCAGGAAGCGGAGCCCGUGGAUAAGAAGCUGAACCUGGCCCAGGGUGGAUGGUACUUGGCCCUGGCUCGGGCGGAGGAGGGCAGGCUGGUGUUGACUCGACUGGUGCGCUGGACUAAAAGCGACAAAGAACUGAAGAAGUUCAUCCGAAGUCUCCUUAAACAACAAUGUGCUGACCUGUAGACUGUGAUGAGCAGCUAGUCCAACUAACAAAAAGCCAAUAAGUACGCAAAAUAAUCAGCCACGAGCGUUAAUGAAGACGUGUUAUACGAUACUGUGAGCCGUGGAUAAAUAAUUGUCCCAAAUACCCUUAAAAAGGUGCAAACUGCUUAAUUUCCAAAGCCACAAACCAAAAAAAUUAAGGCUGUCUAACUCAGUGAGCUAAUAAACUCAGGUGAUUAAUCACAAAAAGUGAUCGCAUUAAUCCUGAGCACACUUAGAUUAAUCAUGCAAUUUAUUUUGACCGUACAAGCUCUUUUACCUUAACGGCUGUACAGUCAGUGAACAGAUCAAUGCAUACGAAAGUACACAAAGACGAGUGAGUAGACUCCAAAAUGCAGUCUGUAAGAAUAUUAGAUAAAACAAAACCAAAAAACCAAUAAGUAAGCAUAUUAAUCAGCCACGAGCGUUAAUGAAGACGUGUUAUAAGAUACUGUGAGCCGUGGAUAAAUAAUUGUCCCAAAUACCCUUUAAAAAGGUGCAAACUGCUUAAUUUCCAAAGCCACAAACCAAAAAAAUUAAGGCUGUCUAACUCAGUGAGCUAAUUGACUCAGGUGAUUAAUCACAAAAAAUGAUCGCAUUAAUCUUGAGCUUACUUAAAUUAAUCAUGCAAUUUAUUUUGACCGUACAAGCUCUUUUACCUUAACGGCUGUCCGGUCAGUGAACAGAUCAAUGCAUACGAAAGUACACAAAGACGAGUGAGUAGACUCCAAAAUGCAGCCUGUAAGAAUAUUAGAUAAAACAAAAACAAAAAAACAAUAAGUAAGCAAAUUAAUCAGCCACGAGCGUUAAUGAAGACGUGUUAUAAGAUAAUGUGAGUCGUGGAUAAAUAGUUGUCCCAAAUACCCUUUAAAAGGUGCAAACUGCUUAAUUUCCAAAGCCACAAACCAAAAAAAUUAAGGCUGUCUAACUCAGUGAGCUAAUUAACUCAGGUGAUUAAUCACAAAAAAUGAUCGCAUUAAUCUUGAGCUUACUUAAAUUAAUCAUGCAAUUUAUUUUGACCGUACAAGCUCUUUUACCUUAACGGCUGUCCGGUCAGUGAACAGAUCGAUGCAUACGAAAGUACACAAAGACGAGUGAGUAGACUCCAAAAAGCAGCCUGUAAGAAUAUUAGAUAAAACAAAAACAAAAAACAAAUAAGUAAGCAAAUUAAUCAGCCACGAGCGUUAAUGAAGACGUGUUAUAAGAUACUGUGAGUCGUGGAUAAAUAGUUGUCCCAAAUACCCUUUAAAAAGGUGCAAACUGCUUAAUUUCCAAAGCCACAAACCAAAAAAAUUAAGGCUGUCUAACUCAGUGAGCUAAUUGACUCAGGUGAUUAAUCACAAAAAAUGAUCGCAUUAAUCUUGAGCUUACUUAAAUUAAUCAUGCAAUUUAUUUUGACCGUACAAGCUCUUUUACCUUAACGGCUGUCCGGUCAGUGAACAGAUCGAUGCAUACGAAAGUACACAAAGACGAGUGAGUAGACUCCAAAAAGCAGCCUGUAAGAAUAUUAGAUAAAACAAAAACAAAAAACAAAUAAGUAAGCAAAUUAAUCAGCCACGAGCGUUAAUGAAGACGUGUUAUAAGAUACUGUGAGUCGUGGAUAAAUAGUUGUCCCAAAUACCCUUCAAAAAGGUGCAAACUGCUUAAUUUCCAAAGCCACAAACCAAAAAAAUUAAGGCUGUCUAACUCAGUGAGCUAAUUAACUCAGGUUAAUUAAUCACAAAAAAUGAUCGCAUUAAUCCUGAACUCACUAAAAUUAAUCAUGCAAUUUAUUUUGACCGUACAAGCUCUUUUACCUUAACGGCUGUACGUACGGUCAGUGAACAGAUCGAUGCAUACGAAAGUAAACAAAGACGAGUGAGUAGACUCCAAAAUGCAGCCUGUAAGAAUUUUAGAUAAAACAAGAACAAAAAAACAAUAAGUAAGCAAAUUAAUCAGCCAUUAGCGUUAAUGAAGCGGGUUAAAGGCCUAUUGAAAUGAGAUGUUCUUAUUUAAACGGGGAUAGCAGGUCCAUUCUAUGUGUCAUACUUGAUCAUUUCGCGAUAUUGCCGUAUUUUUGCUGAAAGUAAAGUAAAGAACAUCGACGAUAAAGUUCGCAACUUUUGGUCGCUAAUAAAAAAGCCUUGCCUUUACCGGAAGUAUGUGCGCGUGACGUCACCGGUGUGAGGGCUCCUCACAUCCUCACAUUGUUUAUAAUGUGAGCCACCAGCAGUAAGAGCAAUUUGGACCGAGGAAGCGACAAUUUCCCCAUUAAUUUGAGCGAGGAUGAAAGAUUUGUGGAUGAGGAUAUUGAUAGUGAAGGACUAGAAAAAAAAAUAAAAAAAUAAAAAAAAUAAAAAGCGACUGCUCCAUGCUGCGGCAGUGUGAGCAUUUCAGAUGUAAUUAGACACAUUUACUAGGAUAAUUCUGGAAGAUCCCUUUUCUACUUAUUGUUAUAAUAGUUUUAGUGAGAUUGUAAAGUCAUACCUCAAAGUCGGAUGGCUGCGGUGAACACGCCAGUGUCUCAGAGAGACACAGCUCACAGCUGCCUUUUUUGACAGCUACUGCAGGAGGAUGCACAAUCCACUGAUGUCUCCGGUAAGAUAUAUAUCACAAUUUCCCCAUCCAAAAACAUGCUGGUUGACGUAGACAAACAUGUUCGCUUGACCACUCUGUGUUAAAGCUUCACAACAAACAAAGAAACACCGGCUGUGUCUCGGUGCUAAAGACAGCUGCAAUACACCGCUUUCCACCAACAGCAUUCUUCUUUAUAGUCUCCAUUAUUAAUUGAACAAAUUGCAAAAGAUUCAACAACACAGAUGUCCAAAUUACUGUGUAAUUAUGCGAUAAAAAGAGACGACUUUUAGCCGUAAGUGGUGCUGAGCCAAUAUGUCCCCUCCAAACAAUAACGUCACAAACACACGUCAUCAUACGCAUCAUCAUUCCGCGACGUUUUCAACAAGAAACUUUGCGGGAAAUUUAAAAUUGCAAUUUAGUAAACUAAAAAGGCCGUAUUGGCAUGUGUUGCAAUGUUAAGAUUUCAUCAUUGAUGUAUAAAAUAUCAGACUGCGUGGUCGGUAGUAGUGGCUUUCAGUAGGCCUUUAAAAGAUACCGUGGGCUGUGGAUAAUUAAUUGUCCCAAAUACUCUUUAUAAAGGUGCCAACUGCUUAAUUUCCUGUGCCUUUUUUUCUAAUUUAAUGAAAGGACCAUUCCACUCAAUCAAACCAAAAAAAUUAAGGCUGUCAAACUCAGUGAGUUAAAUAUCUCAGAUGAUUAAUCACAAAAAGUUAUCACAUUAAUCCUGAGCGCUCUUAAAUUAAUCAUGCAAUUUAUUUUGACCGUACAAACUCUUUUACCUUAACGGCUGUCCGGUCAGUGAACAGAUCGAUGCAUACGAAAGUACACAAAGACGAGUGAGUAGACUCCAAAAUGCAGCCUGUAAGAAUAUUGGAUAAAACAAACACAAAAAGCCAAUAAGUAAGCAAAUUAAUCAGCCACUAGCGUUAAUGAAAACGUGUUAAAAGAUACUGUGAGCCAUGGAUAAUUAAUUGUUCCAUGUACGCUUUAAAAAGGUGCAAACUGCUUAAUUUCCAAAACCUUUUUUUCUGAUUUAAUGACAGGACCAUUCCACUCAAUCAAACAAAGAAAAUAGGGCUGUCAAACCCAGUGAGUUAACUAACUCUGGUGAUUAAUUACAAAAAAAUGAUCGCAUUAAUCCUGAGCACACUUAAAUGAAUCAUGCAAUUUAUUUUGACCGUACAAGCUCUUUUACCUUAACGGCUGUCCGGUCAGUGAACAGAUCUAUGCAUACGAAAGUACACAAAGAUGAGUGAGCAGACUCCAAAAUGCAGCCUGUAAGAAUAUUGGAUAAAACAAACACAAAAAGGCAAUAAGUAAGCAAAUUAAUCAGCCACUAGCGUUAAUGAAGACGUGUUAAAAUAUACUGUGGGCCUUUGUUAAUUAAUUGUCCCAAAUACGCUUUAAAAAGGUGCAAACUGCUUAAUUUCCAAAGCCUUUUUUUCUAAUUUAAUGAAAGGACCAUUCCACUCAAUCAAACCAAAAAAAAUUAGGGCUGUCAAACUCAGUGAGUUAACUGACUCAGGUGAUUAAUCACAAAAAAUGAUGGCAUUAAUCUUGAGCACACUUAAAUUAAUCAUGCAAUUUAUUUUGACCGUACACGCUCUUUUACCUUAACGGCUUUCUGGUCAGUGAACAGAUCGAUGCAUAAGAAAGUACACAAAGACGAGUGAGCAGACUCCAAAAUGCAGCCAAAUUUUUGACAAGUUUUGUGCAAAAAAGGAAAUGCAUUCGAGUAAAUUGUUUAAAAACGUUCCUGUGUAACAUUCUGACAACAAAAUUGCAAUUGUGUACAUACAGGGAUCUUUUCAAGAGAGUAUCACCUAUGAUUAAUAAUGAUUUAAAUUUAAAUCUGACGAUUAAUCUGAUUUUUUUUAAAUGCAUCAUUCAGCCCUAAUUAUUAUGGUUUUAUGUUAUGUAUUUAACAACAGUAGAUCCCCACAACUUAGCUGAAUUUUUGUCAGAAAUAAUUUUUUUACUCUCUUUUUUUGUAACAAAGAUCAACUAAUUUGCCGAAGAAAUUUCUAAACUUUUUUAAACAAUUUUUUUUGUGGUAAACAAAUAUAUUUGUUUUUUUUAUCCCCGAAAAAAAUCCCAUAAACCUCAGAUUCACCCUAAAUCGAUAAUAAUCUAAAGAAAUGUGAUCAUUUGGGCUGUCAAAAAAACGAGUUAACUCGUGAUUAAUCACCAAAAAUUAUCGCAUUAAUCUUUAUUUCAUCCAGUUCUUUUACUUUAACCGCUAUGCGGUCAGGGAUCCCGUCAAUACAAAAAGGAAUGAGGAGACUCCGACUGCUGUGCUCGCUGACAAAUUUCACUCUUAAGUACAGCCUGAAAGAACUUUAGAUAAAACUGCUACAGAGUUGUAUGAAAAUGAAUGACAUGCAUUUAAGUUAAAUGUUUAUAAACGUUCCUCGAUGACAUUUUGACAGUAAAAUGGCAAUUGUGUACAAAUAUGGAGGUCUUUUCUUAGGAAAAUUGGUAUUAUGCAAGCUAGUGUGAAUUCUUGAUUUCAUGCACUCAUUUUAUUAUGACAAAAUGAAGGUUACAAUAUCACGUAUUGGUGUGGAACACAUGUCUUUUAAAACAGAUUGCUAAUCAAUCAUAUAGAAAUAUAAAUUCUACUUUUCCAUCAUUAGGGUACCAUUUCAAAUGUAUAUAUAGUCUUAACACGUUAUAUAUGAAACUUAAAAACAACAAAUCCAAGCUCAUAAAACCUUUGGGAUGAGUAAGAAUUAGUGACCUCUCACAAAUGUUCUUCCGGAUUAAAUCUUGAUUAAUACAAAUUCCAAAAUUGUAUUAAUCUUAUUACAUUUUCUUACCAUUUGACAGCCCCACAAAAAAAUAUGACAAUACCAGCAGCGAGCUUACUAUAACAGAAUAUAUGUAUUUUCGAAUUGUCUUUUUUUUUCACAAUUAAAAAUUAUAUUAGAUAAAAAUUGGAAGAAUUUCACUUCUGUCUUGUGUGCGCACACACACAAACUAUCUCAGAAAAGCAACUAACAAUUUGCAGCCACUUUGUUGUUAUGUGAGGAAGAAAAUUAAAUGAUAGCGAGGGUUAGCCAUCCACAUGUUACAUAAUAAAAAAUAUUUUCGAACAUUUGGGUUGCAAAUCAUCUUUUUGAUGACAAUUUUUUGGGGGGUGGUUUGAAAUUAUUUUUUUUCCCUCGUCAUUUGAACACAUUUGAAAAAUAUCAGUUUAAAACGGCCAACUAAUUUUGGGACGCGUAAUCUGUCAAGAGUCAAAAGCAAAGUUGUUGUUCAUAUUGUCUAUCUAAUAUGUGCAGAUGUCAAUCACAACUAAUGUGUCUCCAGCAUAUAUUUAAAAAAUUGUGUGUAUAAAUGACAUGAAAAAUAAAGAGGAACUAUCCCAA